AUGGAUAAACUCGCUCUGGAUAUGGUUGAUCAAAUGUCUGCCCCAGUGGGAACAGAAUUGCUUCCAGAACCACCAAAAGAUUUACAAAUGCCAAGUUUUGAGCUGGGAAAAGUUCCUCCGCCCUUGAAACUUCCUCCAAUUAAUCCCAUAGAUUCUGUUCCAAAGUUACCAAACACUCCGAUUGAAAAAUCAUCGCCACUACCACCAGGACCUCCUUCAAAAAAUAUUUCUAAACCGGUCGAACCUUUAAAACUUAAAGAAGUUCAGUCGAUUAGUAAAAAGAAAAGUAAAAAGAGAAAGAAGGAAAAAGAUAGCGAAACAUCGUCAAGUUCGGAGAGAUGCAAGUAUCGGGAUAGAGAUAUAAUCCCAAUGUACGUUGGACAACCAUGCUACACGGAAUACAACUACAGUCCUUUCAUGUACGCACCAUUCACUAACAUCCCAAAUCCCAAAGAAGAUAUCUUUGCCGCGAGAGAAAUUGAUAACAAUCCUUUUACGACAUUUUCUCCGCUUGUCAACCCAAUGUCCAUGCCUCCAUUCAUGCCUUCAGAAUUAGGCCAACCUUUUUGUGGAGUUGAAUCAUCACAACAUUUGAAACAUAGUUUUAACUUUUCUGAUUUUCCAAAGCAUUUCCCUGGUUUGAAUCCAAUGUCGGGAACCUGUCCUGAGCCAAUAAUAAACGAGAUGCCUGGAACAUCUGACAAUGUUCAUUUCAUGGUGGAUGAUAUAGAAUGGGAAGUUUUGCAAUCGAAGUAUCACGAAGCUGAUAUUGCCGACGCUAUUUAUAAAGAAUACACGAGAAGAUUAGAAAGAUUGAAAGAUUUUCAUUUCAAGCCAACCAUUAAGAAACAAUUGAGAAGUCUUCAACAAGUUAUGAACGCUUUACAUCUUCACGCCAAAUAUUCUGAAAGAUCGAAAAGAGAAAUAUUACAACACUUGGUUCCUAAGAAGAAGAAAAAGCCGAAACAUAAAAUGGAAAACGACGACGACGAUGACGAGAUUCAACUGCUAAAAGACAGACUUAACAAACUGAGAGAAAAAUUUAAUAGAAGUAAAAAAUUUGAUCACGUGUUUCCGCGGCAGAAUGAAAAUGAACGUCUUGUCAUGAAAACUUUUUCAGACGGCAUGAGAGAAAUUUUUACAACUAUGACGAUCAAAUGCAAACAAAAAGCUGAAAAAGACAUGAAGGAGCAAAAAGAGAACGAAUUGAAUCUGGAGCUACUCAAGCAACUGGAAAUGAUCAAACUUCAAAAUCCAACUGCGAAAGAAGUCGUCAUCGAAAAAAAUCCCACCACUGGUAAACGAGAGAUUAUUGUCAAAAAUUGA